AAAAAAAAAAAAAAAAAAAAAAAAAAGGAACCAUUGUGAACACCGAACAUCAUAUUGAGUCAGCUUAAGUCCUAAGGCUGACUGUGGUACAAAAAAUGUACAAAGUUGGAUAGUAGUUUAUCAUCAAGUUUACCAUCACGACGUAUUUACUAUUUACUUGAUGCUUUUUAUAAGUAUCGUCUUAAUAUAUAUAUGAAAAACAGACCUUUAAUCUAGGUAUACCUUUGAAAAAAAAAAUACUUAACUACGCCCGCUAGCGAAAAGAGAAACCUCGGGUCUUGGAUGUAAGAAGCCUUAGCUGGAAUAUUGGUUCACGUUCCCGGACGCCAUUAGUUUUUCGAUGUGGCUGAAUCAGCUCUCUUUGCUUUUUGUUCGAGUAUAUUAUCGAAGCGCGUUGCUCUCCUUGGUCUCAUUAUAACAAGGCAAGAUGCCUAAUUCCGCACCAAUCCCCCAAAAGAAAAGAGGGCUGGACAUGGCUUCGUCUUAUAAGUCCACUUCGCCAAUAGCACAAGGAAUACUAGCCAGUGAUCUAGCGGAAUGCUCUGACGACGACGCGGUUGAGGACGCCUUUGAUAAUGGGUCCGAGUCCGAGUCUGAGACUGAAAGUGGACCUGUUCUGUACACACAGCCUACUGGAAUGGCCUUUGGAUACAGACGACCGAGUCUCGUAAUAGACCCGGUUAAUGAACCUGUUCUCACCAGAGUCGAGAAGAGGCAGUCCCGCGACGCUGAACGCAGUCUUUUAAGAGAUAACCACAUCAUCCCACCUAAACAUAUCAUCGAACCACAACCUGGAAUAGUCUCGAGGUUGUAUAAGACCAUGUUCAGCACCAAAGUUCGCAAGUUGCCAGAGGAUGAGGAAGUCCCUCGGGUCACGGUCCAGCCCUCUGAGACUUCACCAUUACUUGCAGGCGCCGCUGAACCGGGCAACUCGCACCAUGACCACCUAAACGAGCAGUGGGAUGCCGCGGUGGCCUCGGGGAUGAUAGAGACCACCUGGCAGAGGGAGGCUAAGACGAUUGCAACUUACUCGCGAUCGCUAGUCCUAACGUUCCUGUUGCAAUAUAGCAUCAACAUUACUAGUAUCUUCGCCGUAGGUCGGAUUGGAAAGAUUGAGCUGGGUGCGGUUAGCUUGGCCACCAUGACGGCGAAUAUCUGCUGCUACGCUCCAAUGCAGGGUUUGGCAACGAGCCUGGAUACUCUCUGUGCCCAGGCGUACGGAUCGGGUCACAAACACUUAGUGGGUUUACAGCUCCAGCGGAUGGUUUACUUCUUGUGGUCGCUUGUUAUCCCGGUUGCCGUGCUGUUCUUCUUUGCUGAGAGCAUACUUCUCCACAUAGUCCCUGACCCGCGGUCUGCUGAGCUUGCGGGUCUCUAUCUUCGUGUUAUUAUUGCUGGCGUGCCCGGCUUCGUUGCAUUUGAGGGAGGCAAGCGGUUCGUUUUGUCGCAAGGCUUGUUUAUCGCGACAACUUACGUCUUGCUAAUCGCGGCUCCCCUCAACAUUUUCAUGAACUGGCUUUUCGUUUGGCACUUCGGGUUCGGAUUCGUCGGUGCGCCUAUUUCCGUUGCGAUAACCCAGACACUUAUGCCAUUCCUCCUGUUUUCCUACGUAUUGUUUGUAGACGGUUCACAGUGCUGGGGAGGCUUCACCCGCCGUGCUCUCAACAAUUGGGGUCCUAUGAUUCGGCUCGCCCUACCGGGGAUGGUGAUGGUGAUGGCUGAAUGGCUUGCAUUUGAGAUCCUCACCUUGGCAACGAGCCAAUUUGGAACAUCUUACCUGGCGGCGCAGAGCAUUCUAAUUACUCUGACGUCAACAACUUUCAAUAUUCCCUUCCCUGUCUCCAUCGCCGCCUCUACGCGGGUCGCUAAUUUAAUAGGAGCUCGGCUAGUUAAUGCUGCCAAAACAUCAGCCAAAGUCGCAUUCGGGGCGGGUUGUAUUAUUGGAUUAUUCAACCUCAGCUUACUCGCUGGUCUCCGUUAUCAGCUCCCCCUUCUCUUUACCCGAGACGAAGAGGUGAUCGCUAUAGUAGCGAGGGUGAUGCCGCUUGUGGCGGUUAUGCAGGUCUUCGAUGGCCUUGCAGCCGUCGCCCACGGGUUGCUUCGCGGGAUCGGGAAGCAAUCAUUCGGUGGUUACGCAAACCUGUCCAUCUACUACUUGCUUGCCCUGCCCAUCUCGUUUGCUACCGCGUUUGCGCUCGAUUGGAAACUUAUAGGCUUGUGGCUGGGAACCACGAUAGGAUUGGCUCUAGUUGCUGCAGUCGAGUUUUGGUACACGUGUGUCUCGGACUGGGAACAGUCAGCGCGAGAUGCGGAGAAUCGAAAUACCGCUGGUUGAACGACAUGUUUUGUAGGUGGUUAUAGUUGUAUAGUUGUGUUUCACUAUAUUGGUAUUUGUUGGUGUUUGAAUGGAAUAUCUGAUUGGAGAUUAAAAUAUAGUAGUGUAUGAUUUGCUGGUGUAAGAUAUGCAAAACCGUCUUAAACUACCUAAGCUUCAUCUUUAAACCUUAAUUGUGUAAGGUUAAUGAUAGGUAUGUAGUCUGGAGUUCUUGGAACAGCGUUAUUCUAGAUUACCUGUUCAUUGUGAAACAUAUACACACCUACUGUAGGCCUACUUAACACAGUACGUGUGUCUGAUUGGCCGAUAAGACGGGUAGAUUGAAUGAGUGAGGCUGAUAGUCUGAU